AUGCACGGGCAGUCGAAUCGUCCUGAUCCUCCCCCGCAGCCAGAAUGGCGACUUCCUCCGCGUUUCCCCUCGCAGCCGUCCCAGCCAGGGCCUCCUCCCCCUCCUCCACGUCCCCCGGUUGCUCCAUAUUCACCAGCUGCUCCGUACUCGCCGGCGACCUAUGGACCGAUUUCGAAUCCGCAGAGGCUGCCGUCGCCGGGUGCGGGUGCGGAUACAACCACGUGGGGAGUGCGGUUCAACCAAAGCUCUGGUCCCCCAUUGCCGCCUCGACCUUCAAGUACCAAUGAGCAACAAUACGCCUAUGGGCAAUCUCCGUCGAAUCUAUCUGUCGCAACUCCUUUUAACAGAAUCCAACCCUCUCCGCCCCCACCUCCAUAUACACCAACACCUCUCGCUUCACCUCCACCACCCGGUGUUCCACAACCGCCCCCAAAGAUCCCACAAGGCAUCCAGCAUGUACCGACCCUACAAAGCGAUCAGACAGGGCCAGCUCCACUGCUCGCUCAGGGCGCAGGGCCGGUGGCGAUGACUGGAUCUUACGGAUCCCGCCCUGCGCCUAUCCUCAAUACUAAUACUACAUCUAUCGGCGCAUCGGCCCUUGGCGUUGGAACACCAUCGGAUUGGGAGCAUCUUGGCCCAACACCUGCGCACUUCGAUGAUGCAGCGUGGUUCCCACCUCGCAGAAUGCCCCCUCUGCAUCACGAAGGGAUUCAACCACAAUCAAAGCUUCCGGACGAUAUUCCCAACGCGUCUGUGGGAAGCGAGUCUGGCAUCGUCGCUCGACCGAGAACAGAUACAAAUGAAACGCUUUCCAGUACAAUUUCUGGAGCGACACAGUCGGGACGGGGUAGCUCAAGUUCGCCCGUCAGUCCAUGCACAACACAUGGAAUACCAACACCGCCCCCACUGGCCCGCGUGGAUACCACUGGCUCUGCAUUGUCUAUGGGCGGACGUUCAGAAAGCAUCGAUAAUGUAAUAGAUGCAUGGGUCCGCCCAUUAUCGCCCGCAUAUAAACCAGUUCAACAGGAACAUCAGGGCGGCACCGGCGCAUUCUAUCAGAAUAGCCCAGUAGAGCGCUCACAGUCAGCGCAAACCAGCUCGUCGUCUCUCAACCAUUUGCGAUCGAGCUCAAUUAGUUCUGCACGAAUCGUGGAAGAGCCCAGAAGGGCGGCUACACCGAAAAACCAAGACCCCUUCGAAGAUCUGGACCCCUGGUCCAAAUCAUCCUUGGAAAGAUAUGUCGCCAUGCUACGUAAGGAGGCAGUGGCUGAUCUGGAUGAAGAACGAUAUAAGAUCUUCACAGCUUUUAUGGCCAAAGAGACCAAGCUCCGGGAGAUUCUCUAUAACAUUGACCAUGAGCCUGAAAGUAAACCGCUGACCCUGCGAGCUCCCGACCCUGCUCCUCCCCAACCACUAUCUAUUUCCAACAAGAACGAACCACCUGUUGAGUCGGGACUGAUAGCCAUUACGUCAGAAGAAAUACCGCCUUCUUCGGUGGCAACAGCGACAGAGGAUGAAGAUCUCGAUGAUGUUCGCAGUGAGUACAGCUCAGGUGGUCGGCCUCUGCUCGCUAAGCAAGCGCAACGGGGCUCCCAGUUUGUUCCUAGUUUAUCGACUGUGCCCUCGGGAGCAGAGUCGAGUCUUUCAAGACCCUUAUCGGUCAUCUCGGCAGAUACGCAGAAGCAAGUCUUGGAGCCCCUGACUACGAACCCCCCGCGACCCAUAUAUACGCCAUUCCAGUAUACAGAGGGUCCUCAGCGAGGCUCCGACAACCUCACCUUCGCUCGCCCGGCCUACCAAGCCUAUUCUGAUCUGCGGCAAGCUGCUGUCAGUGGGCGAGUCAUGUCAAACGCACCGGCAGCUACAUCUCGAUCGAGGUCAAACACUGCGCUUGCUUCUCCAGCUCAGAACGAAUCUGACGAGACCUUUCUAGGUCUAAUCCGUCACAAGAGCGUCGCUUAUUCUAAACCGGCUGAGCGGAACUCUCCGCCGCUUCCAUUGCUGCCAGAAACUCUUCGCCAGGGCCGGCCGAGGGGCCUCGUGGAAGAAUUACGCACCAUAGUAUGGACACCGUUACACAAACAGUCUGAAAGCUCGUGGCACAUCACGACUCGGGAAGAACUCGAGAAUUUCCCUGAGGAUUUCUCGUACAUCCGGCGGACCAUUGAUCAAUGGGAAGAAACAGCGCGAGCCAGACGGCAAAAGCUGGAACAGGAGCGUAUGGCUCGUCAGGAAGGAUCCGAGCAGCACAUCGAUGAUCUUUUCAAUGGGAAAGAGAUCGGGUAUGCAGACAUCAAUACCUUGGAAGAAGACUUUCGGCAAACCGAAGCUCGGGUCCAAUUAGAGGAGGAACGACGCGAAGUAGACGAUUUCAUGACACAUGUCUUCAACCCCUUAGAUGAAGGCCUGAAAAAUGAAAUUUCGGCGCUUCGCAAGUCCUACGACUCUGCUCUCAAUCAACUCGACCGUGAUCAACAGGGCAAAGGCUCACCAAGCGAGCGAGGCAGCCCAUCCGUGACGAUGAAAAUGGUCAACGAUAUUCACAAAAAGCUUGAGAUCCGAUUCCAGAAACGUCUUGAGAUGGCCCUUGACUGUGAGCGACGUCGGAAGAGGGCUGAGCGGCGACCACUUGUGGUCAUGGGUGAUAUAGCUGGUCUGCAAAAGUUAGACGGAGAAUUUGACCAGAUGGAACGGCGAAACAUCCUCGAAGCGUGCAAGGAUCGUGAUGACCGAGCCAACCGACUCAUGGAUUCCUUCGAUGACGCAAUCUUGCACGGGCUAGGCGUAAAUCAGAGACUCCUGGACGAGGUUGCCUCGAAAGCAGCCCGGCUAGAUACCGCCACCCUCCGAGCCUCUGGUCUACCGGAUUCCGAAAUCGAGCAGAUUCUCAAAUCCGCGGCGACCUUUGCGGCGUCCCUCAGAGCCGAUUCGGAGGCCAUCAUCCGCAGCGCUGGGGUUGCAGACAUGGCCCUAAACGACGCCGACUAUGGAGUCUCCGUUGCUGAAGCUCGAUAUGCCAGCUCAGAUCCGGAUAUCUUCCAUCGGCUGGGUGAUGAGAAGAAAAAAGAGGAUGAGAAAAUUCAGGAUGAACUGAAUUCGAAGUUGCAGAGCAUCCAGGAGGGGCCUGUGCAGAUUGAAGCCACAAUUCAACGCCUUCUCCUUGGCUUGCACAAUGACCCACAAGCCGCCGCCCCCAUCUCCCCAGUUCGAGGCUCUUCCCCAACGCACCCAUCUGGUGAAGUGUCUCUCCCUCCAAGUCUUCGCCCUUCGACUACUACCCCGGGUCCAUCUCCCAGCCCAGCGCCCGCGAACCAAAGCACGGAUGAUGACUUGGAACAUAAACAGCGGCUUCGCAGAGCGCUAGAGGCAGCCAAGCAGCGCAACGCUGCCAGGGUUGGAAGCGGCCAAAUGGAACAUCCAUAA